GAAGGAUUUAAUUAAGUUUUAUGGUCAGGACAGGUUAGUCUCAAGUGAACCUAAUAAGAAGGAUAUAACAGUUGGUUCGAGUUAGGAUGAGUCAAGUUUAGGCAUAGUUUCGAAGCAUUGGGUAUUGAAUUGUGUGUGUUCGGAUUUCAACUGUGCCGUUACGUUGUGAUGUGUGUAUGUGAACAAUUCAGUUGACGUAAGUGUGUUUACCAGAUGGAAAUAAACUAAAAUCCACCUUUGGUUAGUGCUGUGAUAAAUUAACUGGAGUGCAAUCACUAUUAUGCGUAUUUCGCUUGGGCUCAUCUGGUUGUUUGAUUAAUAUCAUUACGUCCGUUUACUUCCCAAGCUUACAAUAAUGCUGAAUUAAAUCUCAGUAAUUCUGAAAUAAUUCUUGCAUCCUAUAAUAUGGAGAUGUUAGGUGUGGUUUUGUACAGCAAUCAAUAAAUGAACUGAAUACUACCAAUGUUUUACAGUAAUCAAUAUGGAGUGUAUAAAUUCAAGCAACACGGAAAUUUGCAAUGACCAAUCAGUAAAUCCCUCUAAGACUUCAGAAUAUAAGAGCAAGGUAUCUAAACAAAGAAAGGUGUGCAAAAAUACCAAACAUUCUUGCAAACACGAUCACGACAAGUGUUCGAAGAAUUCCUGUAAUCCUGAUGUUUUACGAAAUCUUUCAACUGUAAUUCAGAAUUGGAAACUAGGUGAUAAAGCUCCAUCGUACAAAUCAACAUCAACAGUUGAAAAGGUUCUUAAAAAUAUUGAGAAACGUAUCAUUUAUGGAAGUGUUGAAAAAAUUCCUCUUGAUUGUCAAGCUGCUGGUGGUGGAUUAGCUUAUCCGAAGGAGUCAAAGUUCAUCUUCCAUUAUCAGAUCCGCAAACUUGAUGAUGAUCAUACUGUUAUUGAUGAUACGCGUAAAUAUGGAAAAACAAUGGAGAUGUAUUCGGGGAAAGAAUUCCAGUUGGAGUUUUGGGAACAUUGUUUAGGCACUAUGCUACCUGGUGAAGUGUCAUCUUUCAUAGUGCCUGCAGAAAGACUUGGUUCAUUUCCAGCUGUCAAUAAAAAACUACGUGAUUAUAUGUUAGAUAAGAAGGAUCAUGCUGUAAAACAUUGUUGUGGAUUAAUGAGCUUACAAGAACAAGGCGGUUUAGGCUAUCCAGAUCUUGAUGAGUUAAUGAUGAAACCAGAAUCUCUUGAAUUUAUUUUCGAUCUGAUCAAAGUUGAAAUUCCUGGAACUAAUCGUAAAGAAACAUGGAUAAUGACACCGGAAGAAAAAAUUGCAAUGAUACCAGUUUUACGUGAAGAAGGCAAUAAAUUCUAUGGUCAUGGUGAAUAUAACCAAGCCGCUGCACGUUAUAGUGAAGCGUUAGGCAUUUUAGAACAAUUAGUUUUACGUGAAAAACCCGGAGAACCAGAAUGGAUUGAAUUAGAUAAAUCCCGUAUACCAUUAUUUGUAAAUCUUGCACAAUGUCAAUUCAAAAUGAAAGAUUAUUAUGCUGCAAUACGUAAUACCACUGAAGCGUUAUCUCGAGAUCCGACAAAUAUGAAAGCACUUUAUCGUAGGUCGAAAGCGUAUACAGAGACAUGGGAUUUAGACUUGGCGGCUGAUGACUUACGGAAAUUGGCCAGUUGUUAUCCUGAUAUGAAGAAUACAGUGGAUAGAGAUUUAAAACUGUUAGAAGCAAAACGUGUUGAUCAGGAGAUGAAGGAAAGACAAAAACUUGCUGGGAAACUGUUAGCCGGUUUGAAAUCAGACACAAAUUAAUAUGUCAACUUCAUAUGUGUAUUAUAGUGAUGUAAAUGUUGUGGGAGUUAUGUGAUUUAGAAGAUGCACACCUUGAGUUAGAAUAUCAAUUAGAAAACAAUGUUUUCCAAUAACUCCUGGGUGUCUGACAACUGCUCAUCAAAAAGAAAUUCUUAAAAUCUACUAACAAAUAAGCGCAUUUAUCUUAGGAAAUGUACUCAUCACUGGUAUUGUCAAAUACCUCACCGUUCUU